GGUUUACAAUCCGUCUACACUUCUCUUUCCCUCUCACGUCUUCACUUACAAAAGAAGGCGCCCAGCGUCGUGUCUUUCCAGCUCCAAUCUUCCUACGAAGCGUUCUUCAUCCACCGUCUGUUCAAGAGCGUCGUACGCAGCAGGUUGCUACCAAAGAACUCGUGCAAAGAGCAGGAAGACAACACCGACCAAUACCAAUAAAACACAACAAAGCAAACUCAUCAGAAUGCUGUGGCAAGAUCGCGCGUACCUCGCCGUGGCGGGUGUCAGCACCGUGAUCAGCAUUGCCCACUACUUGGCCACCGCCAAGUCCGUGAAGGGAACGGUGCCCAUUCACUUCGACUUCUGCGGCGUCCCUAACCGCUCUGCGUCUGCGUGGGCGUACGUGCUCUAUCCUCUCACGACGAUGUUGCUUGGUGUUGCGGUGGCGGCAACCACUUUCGUUCCUUCUGCUGCGGCUGCACUCCCGCCCAAAUCCGCGGAGCAGUUCGCCACGCGAAUGACGCUGUUGUGCAGUUACCUUGCGAUGGUUGGCAGUCAGCUGUACGCCCCGCGCAUCGCAGAGGGCAGCGAGACGAAGCUACCCCCCGUCCUGCUGGGCCUUAUUUACGCCGGUGUCGGUGCAUCUCUGGUGGGCGCGAUCGCUGCAAAGUACCUCGCGUAG